UCACUAAUACAGUCCAAUCCAAAACCACUCUCGUCUUCGUCUACUCAUCUCAUAACACAUGAUAUGAAUAAAUAUGACAUAAAAUCACAGUAAUUUGAUUAAAGCUUCCAAAUUUAUUUUCAAUACGUCCACUUAAGUUAAAACUUAAAAGUCCAGUUGGAGGAUGACACCAUUUGGGUUACGUUACGUGUUUGUGUGCGUAUGCAUAUAUUACAUUUAGAUCUAUGAUUUUGGCAAUGGAAACUGCCUAAAAGCAUACCAAAAUGCUGAACUGAAGAGAGACUAAUGUAGUACUCUUCUAGUGUAGACAUCGGAUUUGUUACCUAUCUCUCUUUUUUCUCAGAAACGAUGGAGAUACCAUGUUGGGUUCGUACUUUGGUGGCUCAACUAGCUCUCUGCUUCGCUCUCUACUGUGCCUUUCAACUGGGUCAUCCUCAAAACUCAGUAUACAAUGGCAGAAGUGAGGGUAGACCUCUUGAUUUGUAUUUUAUAAGCGUUAGAGGAGGCUUUAGACCUGUAAACCAACAGACCCAUCUUCUGGAACAGAUGGAGAGGGUGGUGAAGACCUACAAAGCAAGGUUUGUGGUAAAUAUUGGAGAACUUGGGGAAAACGAUCCGCUCUUGCAGAAUGCUUCUCAGUUGGUCUCCUUGCCGAAGAUUCCCUGGUACACCACUAGAGUUUCAAAAUCACAUGAAGAAAGGGGUUACUUCUUAAAGCAAGUCAGUGUAUCAUAUGGGAGAACCUUAAAUAUUAUUGGGCUGAAUACUGGUUUAUUACAGUCACCCAUCUUACGAUUGAACCUCUCUCUUCCCAUACCCACCCCACACCCCCAGGAGACUGAGGACAAUCAAUUACACUGGCUGACAAGAACACUAGAAGAGACCAGUGGCAACUGGCGCAUUGUUGUUGGAUUCCACCCAUUGGCUGUCUGCAAAGAAAGGGAUGAGGAAACUAAGACAAACCAAGUUUUCGAGACUCUCCAGCAGACUCUCAUGACAUUUGAAGUGAAUGCAUAUAUAAGUGGACAAGAUUGCUCACAUCAAGGUAGCAUUGGUUACAUUGAGAAUCCGGGCCCAAAUGUCAAAAAACCUUUCCUUUCAUUUUCAAAUGAAAGAUCAGAAUCUGAAAGGACACCAGUUGACGGGUUCCUGCUUCACAGAGUCAGCUCCCUUGAGAUUGUUACUUAUUUUGUUAGCUCAGCUGAUGAGGCAGUGCACAGAAGUGUUCUCCAACAGAGGGGUAAAGAGGUCAUGUAGAUCUCUAACUCCCUACUCUUGGGAGUUUUUUCAAAUUUUUAUUAAUAUAUGUAAAUUAUAAUAUUUGAACCUAAAUUCCAUUUAUUUAUGAGAAAUCACCACAAUCCUUUUUUUGGCAGUUGUAAAAGCCAGUUUCUUUUUGUAUUAAUAAGAAAUAUAUAGGAGGCUUAACCUUUAAGACUCCCACAUACUCAUCCACUCAA